AUGGAGACCGCUCUCCCACCAAUAGGUUGCGAUCGAGUUCAGGUCGUACUGGACGGACCGGCCACCUAUGAAAGCGAAUUGCGCCACAAUGAAAUGCCGACUGAGCAUGGCGGUCAGGAGAACAUCAAAAUAUCAUGGAUAAUGGAAGUAAAGAAAUCCUGCAUAUCAACACUUUGGUUAGCUGAAUAUCGAACCGCCUACGAGGUUCGUGUGGACGGCGUUAUGGCAGGAUGUAGCAGCCUAAUGGCCGCUUCGAUGCGAAAGGAAGCGGCAGCAUGA